AUGCAAGAGAGUGGUCGUUGUGGAAGGAAUGGCGAUCAAAGCAAAGCAGUUUUGUUGUACAACAGCAUUACAAUUCGUACAGCAGAUAUUGACAUGAAGGAGUAUGUACAUUCAACUAUGUGUCGGCGUCGGCAAUUACUUCAUCAUUUUAGCACUCCAGUUGGUACUAAAAUACUAAAGGGACAUUUGAGUUGUGAUAUUUGUGCAACAAAUUGUGCUUGCAAUAAUGGCUUGUGCAGAUCUGAUGUUUUCCUUCCAGUCUAUAAUUUGCAGGAAAAACCUGACAAGAUACGAAAUGUGUACGAUACUGAGAAGGAGGAGUUAAGAGAAGCGCUAAAUAUGUUGAUGAAAAAACUCCUCAUGAAGAAUAUAUUAGUCCAGCGGAUAUGCACAGAUAUUUGAGAAAAUCAUGUACUUUGGGAAGAAAGCACCAAAUUCACAGAAAGUGUAGACUUUAACAUGAUAAUGAAUCUUAGAUAUGGAGGCAUCACCAAAAUUGAUGUUGACGGCUUAAAAUUUAGGAUUUCUUAUAUUCUCUUAUUAAUCUCUUAUACAAUUAAAAAUUGUGAAAUUGCAGUUUCACAUAUAGCAAAAAUGACAUGUGACACUAGAAAGCUUACAAAAAACUGCAUAUUAGACAUUUGAGCAGUUACUUUGAUUUUCCAACUCCUCUGGAGUUAUGAGCGGUUGAAAAUAUAUUUUAAGGCUAGUGUUCAGGACUUUGGCGGGAUUUUUGCCUAUUUAUCACGUUUUUAAAUAGCAAUAACUGGAAGACCGCUUGGAAAAUCAAUCAGCCGUUUAAAAGUCUUAUAUGUAGUUUUUUGUAAGCUUUCUAAUCAUGCAAGUCAUUUUUUCUAUAUGUGAAACUGCAAUUUCACAAUUUUAAACAAUAAUAGAGUUUAAGAAGAGAAUAUAAGAAAUCCUAAAUUUUAAGCCGUCAGCAUCAAUUUUGGUUAUGCCUCCAUAUCUAAAAUUCAUUAUCAUGUUAAAGUCUACACUUCCUGUGAAUUGGGUGCUUUCUUCAGAAAGUGCACGACUUUUUACUUUUCCGCUGGACUAUAUAUCUGGUGAGAAGCAAAAGGUUAUAGCUGUGUCAUACCCAAACAGUUUGAUGGAGUUUGGAGUGGAUGUAAUAGAUCAAGUGAUAGCAUAUGCCGAGUGUAUCUCAAAGUCGAGGGUCGAGAGUCGAGAGUAAAGGUCGAGAGUCGAGAGUAAAAGUCGAGAUUCGAGAGUAAAAGUCGAGAGUCGAGAGUAAAAAGUCGAGAGUCUUGAGUAAAAAGUCGAGAGUCGAUCGAGAGUAAAAAGUCGAGAGUCGGCAAAUGUCAUCAGAAACAACACAUUGGAGGGUCAAAAUGUUUUUAACACAAUAUAUAACCGAUAACUGUAACAACGGCUGAUUAUAGCCGUACGGGCGAGGGGGGGGGGAGGCAGUCCCGCCUCCCAGUCAAAAUAAAAUCAUGCAAAUUAUAAACGUAUAAAUUCGGGCAAAAGUUGAGGGAAAUAAAUUUAAAAAGAAAACAGUACAUGCAAUAUGGUAUUUGAAAAUACCAGAAAUAUGUAAAAGUAACGAGGAAUCGACAAAUAGGAAAAUAUUUUUGUCUACUUCCCAACGACAAUUUUGGAAAUUUAGUUACACGGAAAAUUUUAUUCAGUGGGUAAAAGUCGAUCGGGUAAAUUUCUUCCCGCCCGUACGCCUAUGACGGCUGAACUCAUUUCAUUUCCUGUGUAUCGGAACAUAAAGCAAACAAUAUUUGCGAAACAUAAUUAGUAUGCUCAAAUUCUCGAAAUUAAAGUAAACAAGAGGCAUAUACAAUCAAAGGAAUAAUCCAGUAUAAUAUAAAACAAAAACUUUCGCAAAAAUUUAGCCACAACAUUCAAUAAUAACUAUUAUCUAAUAACUAGUUUUAUCGCUUCCUUAUAUAUUACUGUCCAUCCUUCCCACUUUUGCAUGCACCUAUUUCCGCGAAAAAUUACUUAUAUGUGAAGCUACAUAUAAAUACUAGGACUUUACAAUCACGUGCGAGACAUAUUACCACCCGAUAGAGUCACACAUACGACAAAAGAAUCCUAUUUUUACUGGCUCGUAUUUAUGAAUUCACAAUUGUAUGAAUCGUUAGAUUGUGAUCAACGUGGAUUUCUUAAUACGCUCUCGUUUGAUAUAAACGUACGUUAAUAUUAUAAGUGACAUUUUAGUUACAAGCCUGGAGAUGGCUGUCAAAAUUCAGCGGAGUUUAUGUGUCAGUUAGAAUGAAAUGACAUGUGAAAACAUUUAGCAAGAUUGAGGCAUCAAAUGCGAUAUUAUUUUCUUAUCCAAUCUUUUUUGUUUUUGUUAUCACGUUUUUAUUAUUGACUGUUGUAGCAAUGUUUAUUGGAAAGUUCGUAUUUCAGCCGUUGGGACUUGUUACGGAAUGGCUAUGUAAACGUGGUUAAAAAUAUUUUGACUUUGUUGUUUCUGAUGGCAUUUGCCGACUCUCGACUUUUUACUCUCGAUCGACUCUCGACUUUUUACUCCCGACUCUCGACUUUUUACUCUCGACUCUCGACUUUUACUCUCGACUCUCGACCUAUACUCUCGACUCUCGAUCCUCGACUUUUAGAUACACUCGCAUAUGCCCACCUUAUUUUCAAUGUUGAAGAUGUAAUGAAAUAUGCUGAUAUUUGGCAGAAGAAGCAUGCAUUCUUUGUAUUAGAAAUUUUUCAAUCUCAAUCAAUUUUCCAUGCAUUGAGCACAUUUAUGACACAUGUGACGGGCAGUCAGAUGAUGAAGAUUCUGAUGAACAAGAGAUUGCUAAUUGGGAACAAAUCAUUGAAGAUCCAUCAUUCUUAAGUCUAUUAGAUGAAACAGAAUGGCAUAUUGAUUCAUUUUCUUUUCAAGAUAGCAUUUCAAUUGAACCAUCGAGUUAUCCCAAUGCUGUAGAAACUGCUAUUGAUACUAUAUAA